UUCAAGCCAACCAGCAGAUGAAAUUCUCAUCUCGUCGUGCAUUGACGCCGUCAGCUGUUACCCGGCAAAUUAAAAAUUGUAAAAAAGAGAAUUUUUCACAAAACUCCAAAAGCUGCUAAUUUGUUGCAUGAUCAAUUAAAACAAAAAAAAAAUAAUAAUAUUAAAAAAAAACUGCAAAGUGAAUUGUGACAGCCGGAAAACACGAAAUUGUGCAAUUGGUGUUGUGUGAGCGAAUACAAGAAGAUUGGUGUCGAGCGUAGUUGCAACAGUUCAAGGAAGUUUAAAAAAUAAAAAAAUUUUUAAAAAGGAAGUUUAUUUGCUGUGAUAGUUUUUGUGAUUUGCUAAAUACAUUUAAGUAAAGAUGUGGAAACUAUUUAUCUGCCUUACUGUUUUCCAAGUCAUUUUGGCGCAGAAGAGUGAAAUACCCGCAUAUAUCAAACAAUGCCGUCGAGGUGAUCCGCAAUUGUUGGAGUGUUUUAAAGGUUCCUUGGAGCAUCUGAGGCCAUAUUUGGCGCGUGGCAUUCCCGAAAUCGAGCUACCCUCCGUAGAACCAUUCAGAAUGGAUGCACUGUCACUACAACUCACCGAUGGUCCACAAGGCUAUAAAAUCACCUUGAAGAAUUUGGAAGUACUGGGUGCAAGCAAUUUUCAGGUGAAAUCGAUGAAAUUGAGUCAAGGUGAUGAACCUUUCAAGGCGCGAAUUGCAAUGCCCAAAUUGAACAUCGAAGCGAAAUACACGAGUUCCGGUGUGUUGCUUAUCAUACCAGCCUCAGGUGGUGGUGACUUCCAUGCCACAUUUGAGGGUGUUACUGCCGAUCUCACUGGCAAGGUGUCGUCAAGCGAAAAGGCUGGUCGCUCACAUCUCCAUGUAGACUCACUCAGCCUGGUUCUGAAUGUUAAGGAUGUGGUCAUGAAUAUUUCCGGUGCCUUUAAUAAUAAUCGCAUAUUGCUUGAGGCCACAAAUCUAUUCUUACGCGAGAAUGCACGCGUCGUUUUAGAGGCCAUGCAAUCGCAGUUACAAAAGAAAUUGGCGCAGGAAUUCGGCAAACUGGCUAACCAGCUGCUGAAAAAUGUACCCAGCGACUUGUUCUAUGUGGACUAAAAAGUGUGAUUUUGUAAUUUGCUUGCAGAGAUUCGAGUCAUCUCAAGACACUAACAAAUAUGUACAUAUUUCAUAAUGACUUAUUCCAAGAGAUUAGCUGGUAUGUGGCUCUACACAUUCUGCAUGCAUUUGACAUUAGUUUCCCUUUUUCCUGACAAAAUCGUAAUAGACUAACGGCUUAGUUGCUAGCGAAAAAUUAAAUUCACAAGAAAAUACACUUCUUUCACUUUCGGUAUUACUAUGGUCUUGAGAUUGCCUUAUCUUACUGCAAGCAUAUUGAAAUGUAUUAUUAUUUUGUUGUUUUGUAAAUAGUUUUAUUUUUAAGUUGAAAUUUAGUUAUAAGUUUUAUUCAUUUAAGCUUGAGCCCAUUGUAUUACAAUAAAUUUAAUCAGUAAA